AUGAGGAGGCCUCCAUCAGAGACAGUGGAGCACGGAGAGGACAGCGGCAUCAUGGGAUUGAAAAGUGCUACACACUCCCUCCCUCACCCCCCUGGGUUCUCCCUCACCCCCUGGGUUCUCCCUCUCUUCCUCUCCCUCUCUCUCCCAUGGGUUCUCUCUCUCCCUCUAUCCAUCUCGCUCCCUGGGUUCCGUCUCUCUCUCUCCCUCCCAUGGGUUCCCUCUCUCCCUCUUCGUCUCUCCCUCUCUCCCUCUCCCUCUCUCCAUCUCCCUCCCUGGGUUCCCUCUCUCCCUCUCUCCGUCUCCCUCUCUCCGUCUCCCUCCCUGGGUUCCCUCUCUCCCUCUCUCCGUCUCCCUCCCUGGGUUCCCUCUCUCCCUCUCUCCGUCUCCCUCUCUCCGUCUCCCUCCCUGGGUUCCCUCUCUCCGUCUCCCUCCCUGGGUUCCCUCUCUCCUUCUCUCCGUCUCCCUCCCUGGGUUCCCUCUCUCCGUCUCCCUCCCUGGGUUCCUUCUCUCCCUCUCUCUAUAGUCUAA